GGAAAACGACAGUGUGAUUCGCAAAUUGGGCCGCCUAUUUCAUUUGAUUCAAAAGUGUUCGAUAAAAGCGAAAUUCAAAUUAAAACACACACUCUCUCUCCCCCCCUCCCCCUCUCGCAUAGCGCAAAGAAAAUGGAAUUUAAAGCGACGGAAACUGUACGAGCAAAAAUGGAGUCCCUGCGGUUGAUUUGCGACAGAGAUGCCCAAGUCCAACUGCAGAAAAUGGACUCCUUCACAGCGUCGUUUUCCAACUCUAUGGAUUCAAUCAAGGCCAGAGCAGAAGAAACUGUGCAGAAUCAAGGGAAAUUAGGGAGUUUGAAAUCUAGCUUGAAAGAAGCUGAUGGUGAAUUUGUUAAAGUUCUGGCAGUUAAGACCCAGAAAGAGGCCAAGCAGCUGGUAACAAGGGACUCAAUAUCUGCUACAAGAGCUAGAAUACAAAAACUUCAAAAGAGUGUUCAAGUUCAAAGGGCCAGGAGGGAUGAACAUGCAGCAAUCAUGUCCCAGCAAUCUCUAGCUUUGGCAACAUCCAAAGAAACAGAACACCAAGACAUUGACAAUCAAAGGGAAAUUCAAGAGGCAAUGUUAUGGUACAAUAUGGUUCUUGGCUUCAGAAUUGAAGGUGGCAGGGGGGUAAAAUUCACAUUCAACAACAUCAAUUUGAAAAAUCCAUACAAGGAGUGCUCUUUCACCAUUCGCUAUGAAAAUGAUAUGUACACAUUGUUGGCUUGUGAUCCACAAUUGAAUGACACCAAACAGUUGAUCCAUGAGUUGAAUAAAACCAAUGGCUUGUUCAAAUUUGUCAGAAAAUUGAGAGAGAAGUUUCAAGAAGCUGCACCACUUGGAUUCUUGCCUCAGUCCACAACUCUUCAUCAAGAGACAACAAUAUCUGUGUCUGCUCCAGUUUUUAGUGAUGUUAGUGAAUCUCCAUCAACGACAAGCCAAACUUCAGAUGAACUCAAAAGAAAUUCCAAGAGAAGUAGGCAUGGAAGAGGAGGGAGACAGGCAAUCUUGUCUCCUGUAUCUGUUCGGCGGUCCCCACGCUUUAAGGGUAAGAAAUGAAGAAGUGGAGGCAGUUUUUGUCACCUUUAGUUUGGUAUGAUUGCGUGCCCUUUUAACUUGCUUGUGUGAAGCUGGUCAUUAUUUGUGACUAGGUUGCUUUCUUGCUUGAUAGUCGACAUGUGAAUCAGGCCAAUUUAUCAUAUUAGUGGAAAAUUAACUGAAAGGGAAUGAAGACUCUCCAACAGAACGAUUACUACUCAUCUGACACGAUGACCUCAACAAGGAGCCCAAUUUAGCUGCUUUAGUGUAUCAUGUUGUACUUGUGAUCUUACUCGAUGACCGAUGUAAAGGGCCAAACAUGAUUGUCCCUUUUGUUGAUGUCUAAUCUAUGGAUUUGGACAUAUUAGAAGCACACUGUUUAGUUUUAGAUAUCAUUUAAUUCAAUGUGAUGCGCUGAUGUUCUUUGAAACGGAUAAUCGGGACAACUCAGUUUUCGUAAGUUUUCACAUUUUAUGGUUUUCCUGAA